AAAUCCACCGGCGUGGGCUCUACUCUCCGACAGUCUGUUCGGUGCAUACGGUCGAGUUAGACGCAUGGCGAGCUGUGUAUCGGGCGAAGCUUAGUAGCAACGUGGUCCGCGGUUUCUGCAAUGUAGAAAUAUUGCAAUGAGAAUUCAUGUGAACUCAACGAGCGAGUGAGAAUUAUUCUGUACGUGUUUUGAAAACAGAGUGAAUUAGUCAUUCCUGAGAAAUACGCAAAUGGUGUUAAAAAAUUGUUAGUGCGAAGUUCGUUGAUAUUUUUGUGAGUUGAAGAACAUUUGUUGAGAAUGAUGAAGGUAAACGGUUUAAACUAUAAAGCACGGCAUUUGAUACAGCAAUAAGGAAACACCUGCAUUGUCGCUUAAUCGAGAUUUGAGACAAACAGUGAAGCUCGAAAAUUAAAAAAAAACUAACGGGGUGUUUCCUCUCCGGAAGUGUUUUUUAUGUGAUUUUAUUUGAAGGUUGGACAAUAGUGUGUGUAAUCUAUUUUAGCGCGAGAGGUCCAAAAUGGCAUCGAUAUCAUUAUCGCGAGUAUUGCACAGCAAGAAAAGCAAUGUGGACAUAGAACAUGAGAAUCUGAUUAAGAAUAUGAUCAUAUAAGGAAAGUGUAUCUCUAUCUCCGUUUUAAACCGCUGUGUAAAUGCGCCAGUCACACUAAUCAUCAGCUACCCUAUUCUGGGUUAAAAAUGAGCAAUUAAUUUGAAAAGCAAAAAAAAUCAGCUUAAACUAUAAAUCAUCGUGUAGAAAAAGAUUCGAUAAUUGUAUUACGCUGCAGAGCAGAUUCAAACGGCCAUAAAUUAAUCCAAAGUAAUCAGCUUUUACUUUCGAUGCGCACCAGAGUGGAAAACUUAAGCAACCAAUAUAACUGUGCUAAGAAAGGUGCAUCACCCCGCGGAAGAGCAGAAAAGUCGAACACCGAAGAAAAAAUCAAAACGAAGCCGGAAUCCGUUGAUUGAUUGAUGGCAACAAGACGAAAGUUUGCUUAUCGGAAGAUUUUCAUUAGACUGAUUACAGUUUCCUAGUGAGCAUUCUCACUCUUGAAGCAGUUUUGCUUAUAAAGUUGUUCUCUUUGCAAACAAUUUUUCCGUAGAAAUUUAAGCUAAGAGUUAGCUAAUUGAAAGUGCAUUUCAACUAAUUGGAGCAGAGCUGCCGACAAUUGUACAUAGGGUUUAUCUAUUUAAUAAGCAUUUAAAUCAAGCAAAAUGUCGUUGACCGACAAAGAAUAUUACAAUCUGACGAUGAGUAUCUCUAAGGCUCUCAGUAACGUGGAAGCGCCCAUAAAGGUCAAACACGUGCGUGCUGCCAUCAUCGGGACGUUCCACAGCAAAGGUGGCCACGCGUUCUGGGCCAUUGCGAUUCGACAGCCGGUUCAGGAGAAUCGGAUAGUAGCGUGGAAAUUUUGCCAUUUACUACACAAAAUUCUUCGGGAAGGGCACCCGCACUGCUGUCAGCACUCGAUGCGCCACCGAGGAAUGCUCACCGAAGCAGGCAAAUUGUGGGGUCACCUGAACGAUGGAUAUGGAAUUUGCAUCAAGCACUACACCAAGCUACUGGUAACGAAGUUGGAGUUUCACGAUCGAAACCCGCGAAUACCGGGUAGCCUAGCGCUGAAACCUGGCGAGCUAGAACAGAUCGGCGGUGGUGAUAUAAACUUCUACUUCCAACUGGCGGUGGAAAUUUUCGAUUAUCUGGAUGACAUUAUUGCACUGCAAGCGACAAUCUUCAACUCAAUCACCACAUUCUGCGUCAGUUCGAUGACUUCCCCCGGUCAGUGUCGUUUGGCCCCGCUAAUCCCCUGCAUUCAGGAUUCCAACCCUUUGUACGACUUCGUCGUACGCAUCAUGUUCAAGUUGCAUGCAAACCUGCCAUCCGAUCUACUCACCGGUCAUCGAGAACGUUUCCGAACACUGUUCCAUCAAUUGAAAUCCUUUUACAAUCAGUCCCGAAACCUGCAGUACUUCGUCAAUCUUAUAACAGUUCCUAAGCUGCCGGAUGCUCCACCAAACUUUGAACAACAGAGCGACCUCGGCAACUAUCAAGCCCCAGUCGUAGUGAUGCCCGACUCCGAACCCAUGGACAACGACGCAGAAUCAAUUAUAUCAGAGAGCUUGAUUGACACCUCCGAAGCAGCUCCGCCCAUUCCCGAGCUUCCCCACAAUCAUCAUCAGAACCAUGUUCAGCAGGCAGCUCCAAACUAUCAACUAUUGGAACUGGAACGGCUGCUCAAGGAUCGAGACGACCUAAUCAGACAUUUACAGAUGGAGAUCGAGCGGCUCACCAAUUACGUUAAGGCACUUACUAUUGAGCAGCGAGAUGUGCAGCAACGGCUAGAGGAACAAAUCAACCAGCUAAACUCACAGCUGACACACAGCCAGGGUGAACUGUCCAACUUACGAAUUCAAAAGCAGGAACUGGAGCUGCGAGCUCAAUCAGCACCCACUCUAGAACAAAAAGCACACGCCGAAGAAGAACGAGCCAAAGCAAGUGAAGAAAAGUUUCAAAAACUGAAAACUAUGUACACCCAAAUCCGGGACGAGCAUGUCCAGCUGCUGCGACAGCAUGGUGAAAUCAGCCGACAACUGGCAAGCUCCAACAAAUCCGCUUUGGAAGCCACCUCCGCCAAGGAGGAAAUCCGAAUUCAGCUGACAGAACUACAGCAAAAGCAAGCAAUCGUGACCGAACAGCUUCAACAAAGUUCUUCUGAUGCUAAGCAAGAACAGGAAGCCGUCGCCGCGGAACUCCAAGACAUUACCGAGAAAUAUGAAACCCUACAAACGAAGUACCAGGAAAUGGAAGCAAACCGGCAGGCAGAGAUUGCCGAACUGCGAAUCAGUCUGGAACGCGUGGAAACGGAACUGGCCACAUUCAAGACUGAUCGGGAAACUUUACAAGCUGAAAAAGGAGCGCUCGAAAGCAGCCUCGGAGAGAUUCAACUCGAGCGGGAGCAGCUUUCCAAGCAGUACGACGAUGUACUGCUCAAGGUGGAGAAGCUAAACAUUGAGUCGGAAGAACGUACCCGAGAGGAAGCUUCUCUGCAGCAGAGUGUCAGCGAAAAGGCUCAACAUGCGCAAGAAUUGUUGGAUAAACUGGAUCAACUGCAACGGGACUAUGAAUUGCUGCAAAAACAACAUAUCGAUCUGGAAGUAGCAAAAGCAGCUCAGGAGCAGCAGUUUAACCGUACGCACGAAGCCGACCUACAGAAACUAGAGUCGUUACAGUGCGAAAUGACGGAGAAAGUGACUAGCCUGAGCGCCGAGAAAGAAAACAUCCUUGCGGAUAAGGAGAAUCAAUUCUUGCAGCUCACAGUACUGCAGACGGAAUCCAGACAACGUUCGUCGGAUUUCGAAUCGUUGGAAAAAGACCUGAAAAACGUUAUCGAACAGAAAGAUCACGAGCUGGAAGAGUUGAGGGCGAAAUAUCAGGAACUUGAAGAAAAGUAUCAGUCUCUCAAUGCAAAUAUGGAUCGAUUGCUGACCGAAAAAGGUACAAUCGAAUCCGACCUGCAAGAUUUACUUCAUCAACAGGACGAAAUGGAUCAAAGGUACCAGGACGCACUGGCCACAAUGCGCAACCUGGAAAACUCCCUGGUGGAUGCAAAAAUAUCCGGAGAAACUGCACUUCGUACACUGCUCGAAGCAUGCAUCAAAUCUUCCGAGAAACUGGCACUGCGAGCGAUAAGCGAGAACGAGAUGCCCGGAGCUGGAGGGACUCCGACCUACUUCUUGAUGAUCGCCGAAGAACUGCAGGAAGUUCUUUCGAAACUAGCCAUAGUUCAUGAAAAUUAUCGUAAGGAUAACUCAACGAAUGUAGAAUCGCUGGCACGGAAGGUUAUUAUCGGAGCUCAUCUGUUGGCUUCUGCACACGUACAGGGAAUGUCCAUUUGUAACCGUUCCGCAAACAUCGAAUGUGGAGAACGUAUAGCCGAGGAAAUCAAGGAACUAGGUGGAUCGAUCGCUGGCCUAUUCCAGUCGCUGCACAAGACAAGCGAAUCGGAUUGCGUAGCCACCAAGAUAGCCGACCUGCGAAGUAAACUGCAGAAGGUAACCUCCAUGAUCGGUGAUCUGAGCAAGCAGACGGAUGGCACCGAGAAUCUUGGAGAUCUGGUUGAAAACGAACUCAGCAGCAUGGACAAGGCAAUCGAGGAGGCGGCUGCCCAAAUCGAGGAAAUGCUAUCCAAGUCGCGUGCUUCCGAUUCGGGCAUUAAGCUGGAGGUCAACGAGAAGAUUCUCGAUGCAUGUACCAAUCUGAUGCAAGCAAUCCGCAUUCUGGUACAGAAAUCCCGCCUCCUGCAGUCGGAAAUUGUCGCGCUCGGAAAGGGGUCCGCCUCGGCGAAGGAGUUCUACAAACGCAACCACCAAUGGACUGAAGGACUGAUUUCCGCCGCUAAGAGUGUAGCCCAAGGUGCAAACUUUUUGGUGACGGCUGCCAACAAAACCGUUGCCGGGGGAUCUCGACAUCAGCUUGAUCUGAUUGUCGCGGCCCAGGAGAUUGCGGCUUGCACAGCCCAGCUUGUAGUCGCCAGUCGUGUCAAAGCACCACGCGGAAGUCAAAACCUGGCUGCGUUGGGUACCGCUUCGAAAAAUGUUACUCAAGCUACCGGUAUCGUAGUGGCCACAGCCAAAGACUGUAGCCAACGUUUGGAAGAUUCGCAAGAUUUAGACCUCGGAUCGCUAACGGUACAUCAGGCGAAGACCAAGGAAAUGGAAAUCCAGGUCAAAGUUCUCGAACUCGAGCAAGCACUUCAAAUGGAACGAAUGAAACUAGCCGCAUUCCGUAAAAAGAACUAUCAGUCUCCCGCAGACGAGUAAAUUAUUUGCCAUCUUUUAGUAGCAAAAUUGAAGACAGUAACAUUCUCUUUAUACAAGUGCAGAAAUAUGUCAUGGAAUAGUGAACAUUCGCAAGACAAUAUAUCAAAUUUUAUUAGUCGUCCACGCUGUAUGUGUAGAUUAGUUGCGAAAUAAAAUGCAAUAGCAAAAGGUAUAUCAAAUUUUCCCCACCUGUCGAGUCGAGGACGUAAACUUCUAAAUAUAUGAUGAUAGAUUAACACUACUCCUGAUUGUGUCUUCUUCUAAAGCCAUCGAUAUGAUAUAUAAACUGUAGAUAUCUAUGGUUUAACCAACUAUCCGUAGUUAAUAAUCAGUAUGAGAAAAUUAUUUUAUAUCAAUUUUAUACGUUUAGGGAAUCUUUUAUUACCGAUGACGUGAACUGUUUCAAAUUGCAGACGAUCAAAACUAAACGAUGAGUGAGCCUACUUAUCUACCGAAUAAAAUCAUUUAAAUACGAUUAAUGUGAAGAAAUGAAAGUAAUUUAUUAUGUUUGCCUACUUUGUACCGCGAAGAGAACGAUUGUUGAUAUAUUUUUACAUUUUAGCGAAUCGCUAAUUCAAAUAUGUUCUAAAAAAAGC